AUGCCACUUCAACUUUGCAACAAGAGUUACUCAGGGGACAAUCUUUCUGUGUCCAUCCCUCCUGCUGCUCAUAAUCUAUCAGCUUGUGUUAAGCAUUCUCAUACCAAGUUCAUGCCAUACAAAAAGCCCAGUGCUAUCAAGAUCUGCUUUGCUGAGAAGUCUCUUGGCAGACAAUCAGUUAAUGAUAUCACCUUGGAAGAUGCACAAGUGGUAAAAUCUCUCAUCUACCUAUUGAUGGGGUUGUCUGAGAGAGCCUUCCAAAAGGCUUUGGCAAUGAAGGAGGAUGACCAAGAAUUGAGGCAACUCCAUGCUCUUACCACUGCUUGGGAGAUUGAGGCUAUCAACCACCAGAGAGAUUUCCUCCUUGUGAUGCAAGAAGAAGAGACUCAGUUCAUUUGGUCAACUAAAGAUCUCCAGCUUUUCAAGGAUAUCAUGGAGUGUUGCUCAGUCAGUCAAUUGGAAGAACAGGACGAGUACCACAUUGGGGCUUAUGGACAGGAUUUAAUGUUGCUUGCAUUGGAGGAUGAACACCUCAGCCAGAUGGAGGAAGUCACAGGUAAACUCGAGGACAACAAAGUGCUUGACUCCAAAGAUAAUCUGAUGGCCUUCUUGGCCACUUCCAUUAAUGUUGAUGAAAGGAUGAAAGUGACACAGAUUAAGCCUCAAUCCUUCUUUGCAUUAUCACAACUCUAA